AUGGGCAUCAACGGGCUGCUGCCCUUGUUGAAGUCGAUCACGCGGCGCGUGCACGUGAGCCAGUACGCGGGGCAGAGGGUGGCGGUGGACGCCUACUGCUGGCUGCACAAGGGCGCCUUCUGCUGCGCCAAGGAGCUCUGUGAAGGCCAGCACACCGACAGAUUCGUCAAUUACUUCAUGUCGCGAGUGGAACUUCUGAGAGGAUGUGGCGUCAUUCCCGUUGUAGUUUUUGAUGGUGGACGACUGCCCUUGAAGAGCAACGAAGAGGCCUGCAGGCGGAGGGUAAGGCAGGAAUACCGACUCAAAGCAGAGGCCCACAAGAAGGCUGGGAACACAACCGCUGCUGUGGAGUGUUAUCAGAGAAGUGUCGAUGUGACACCAAGAAUGGCGAAACAGGUCAUAGAGGUCCUGAAGGCAACGGGGGUUGAAUACAUCGUGGCGCCUUACGAAGCCGAUGCACAGAUGGCUUACCUUGCAACAACUGGCGAAGUGCAUGCUGUGGUGACAGAAGACUCGGAUAUGCUCGCAUAUGGCUGUCAGAGGGUGCUGUUCAAGAUGGACAAGAUGGGAGAGGGACAGCAGAUUCUGCUUUCAGACCUUGCAUUGAACAAGCCUGUGAGCUUUGUUGGAUUCACACAGCAGAUGUUUCUUGAGAUGUGCAUAAUGGCAGGGUGCGAUUUCCUGAAGACACCCAACGGCAUUGGUGUGAAGAGGGCACACCAACAGAUCCGGCGUGUCAAGAAUUUUGUCAGGGCUUGCAAGAGCCUCAGGCUCAACGGCACAAGCAUCCCUCGAACUUUUGAGGCAGAGUUUCAGCGUGUGAUCUGGGUAUUCCACUAUCAGAGGGUGUUUUGCAAGCGGCGACAGGGCAUCGUCCACAUCAAUCCAUUGCCAGAGGGUGGUUUGCUGGCGGGCAAUGUUCUGGUCCCAGACGCCCUUCCAAAUGGGGAUAGUGGGCAGGAGCUCGACUUUUUGGGUCCACACAUUGAGGCAGAGGUAGCUCAGGCGGUGGCAGUAGGUGACCUGGAUCCAGUUACUCUCCAGCCCUUUGAUCUUUCACAGUCUGCAGCUGAAAACCAAUCCAUCGAUGGGACACAAGCUAACGGGAGAGAACAGUCAGCCACUCAGCCAUCAUCGGGACGAGCGGCUAGUGGCAGCAAGAGGAGGUCAGGCACUAAUCGAGCACUUCCUGUGGGGGCAUCUGGGAUAGCAAACUACUUUUCUGCUGUGCCUGCAUCUUGCAAGCAGGCCAAACGCCAGUUUGUUGCACCAAGGUUUGCAGCCACACCACAUCAGCCUGUCAGGGAGAUUCAGAAACCAGGUACUUCCCAAAGAUGUUCAGCAGCGGAUGAAGAAACGACAGAAAGUCACUGCUUGUCAUUGAUCACUCAGAAGGAGACUACCGAUGGCCACGCCCUGGGGUUUUCGCGAUUCGCAUUUUAUGGGGAUUGUGCUUCAGGGGAAGGCUCAACAGUACCUGCCUGGCACGGACGCAGGAGGGGCACAGGCAGGCCACCAAUACCAGGCUCCACUCCCAAGCCUAUGGAUGCAGAUCGGCCGCUGAACAGCGAAUUGCAGAGCACCUCUGAGGUGUCCCAAGCAACCCCUGUGGGAGACAAUGGCAGCAAUCAUGGAACAGACCUGGGAAUGGGCGACUACACCAAUGGUGGGGAGCACUGGUUGACUCAUGGAUGCAGUCUGGUUGGGGAUUCUUUGUGCUCUGCAUCGCCUGUUCUCCCAUUCCAGGAUUGCAAUGAUGCAUCGCCAGGCGGCUUUCCUGCGGGCCUCAGUUCACCUAUGGGGAGUGGCAAUCCGCUGCACAGGGUACACAACUCUGGUGUGGUGGGCUCCACCAUUCGUGGCCUGAGUGAUGACGGCCUCCAUCCUGGGGACACAUGGACCCCGAGGCAGGCCAAAUAUUUUGCUGGGAGUGAUGCGAGCCCUGACAUUCUUUUCGAUGAACUGUUUCCCACUCCUGGAAGCAUUCACUGCUAUCAGGUUGGGUUUCCUUCCACCAGAGGGCCAAGCAGCAGGAAGAAACAACGGUAUGCAGAGUGUGACGGGCACAAGGGGGAUGAUGGCUUUGGUGGCAUCAGCUGUGCAUCAUUUGCUGCUCCUUCAUGCAAGCGACUGGACAGGCUACUCGAUGGAUUAGUCAGCCCAGGUAGGCCACUAUCCCCCCUUGCCUGCAACGCUGAGGCUCCCCUUCACCAUACAAGGCAGGCACGGGCUCCAGAUUUCAGUCGCUUUGCAUUCACCAAGUGCCCAACUGGGCUCGAACGCCAGAUAGGCAGCAAUAGCGGCGAACCAACCCCGUUCAACCUGGAGAAUUCUGCGGACCAGGAUUGCGAGGGUCCAUUGCCACAGGAUACCAAGAGUGGAUGCAGUGAUGAGCCACUGGAAGAUUGCUCCGGGGCUGGAGCAGACCCCAGAAAGCAAGAUGGCGGGGACCCUGCGUUCUACAGCAUCAACCAUGUUGGUGGAUAUGCAAGAAUGGCCCGGAGAGCGCUUGAUCAACUUGAGCUCGGGCGUUUACAGAAGAACCUAGCUGCAGGUGCAUCAGCAUGUGUGCAGGAGCAAUGUGACACAGGUUCCUGUGCAAUGCGGGCCUCAAGAAUACGGAACAACGUGCACACUGGUCGAAAAGCCAAGCUGGAUGGAAGAUAUGGGGCAGCUGUCAGAAGCAACAGCGCCCGCAACCGCCUGUUUGAGAGAUUUGCAUGCCGGCCUUAG